GGGCAUAAUCUUGUAAUGAAAACGGGGAAGUCAUUUCAUAUUAAUGGAAGGAAAAACAAAAAAUUAAUCAUGUUAAUUAAUUUUUUAUGUCGUAGACUUGUAGUAAUAAAAAUUUUAUGAAUUUUAACGUUACCCAUUUGUGUGACACAAACCCAAUCCGCCGAAAUUUUUUUUUUUAUUUAAAUACCAUCUGGUAUUCCGUAAAACUUUAUUGAAAAAAUGAAUUUUUAUAUGCAAGCUGCAGAAAUAUUAACGAAAUUAGCGACAAAAGAAGGUUCAAUUAAAUCACUUACGUUAGCAGAUAAUGUUAAAGAAAAGAAAAAAAUGUAUGCUUUAAUAUGCGAAACAUUAAAAUACAGAGAUGUUAUUAAUCAAAUUAUUGAGAAUUCUCAAUUACUUAAAGUUGAAAAAAAAUUACCAAAAAAUAUUACUAUUUUAUUAGUGCAUGAUUUAUUAUUUUCUUCGAAUGGAAUAAAGAAUUUAUCAGAUGGUCCUUACAAAACUGCAAUCAUGAGAAAUGAAAUCAGAUUAAGAGCUGAACUUGUUAAAUUAAAAAUUAAAUUAAAAGUGAAAAAUAACGAAGAUUUGAUAUCUCCAGAUUAUCGCAACUCAGUUGCUCUACCACGUUAUGUUCGUGUUAAUACCCUUAAAACUACCGUUGAGGAGGUAAUUGAACAUUUUCAAUCAGAAGGGUAUGUGCUUGAGGAACCGAUCAAAAUAUUGAAUAAUUUAAGUUCGAAGACAAUACGCAAGGAUUUUCAUUUAUCUGAUCUAUUAGUAUUACCACCAAACACUGACCUUCACAAUCAUAUACUUUAUUUGUCCGGUAAAAUAAUUCUUCAGGAUAAAGCGUCAUGUUUUCCAUCAUAUAUUUGUUCUCCUUCAAUUAAUUCAUAUGUAAUCGAUGCAUGUGCUGCACCAGGAAAUAAGACUUCACAUCUUUCAGCCGUAAUGAAAAAUACUGGGAAAAUUUGGGCAUUCGAUCUUGAUAAAAAGAGAUUAAGAUUAUUGGAAAAGUUAACUCAAAAAGCCGGUUGUAAGAAUAUAGAAGCAAUUCACAAAUCAUUUUUGGAUGUGAAUCCGUUGGAUGAAAGGUACUCAAAAGUUGAAUAUAUAUUAGUUGAUCCUUCUUGUUCUGGAUCAGGAAUAGUAAACCGAUUAGAUGGAUUAGUUGAUUCUUCUGAACAAGAAACUGAUCAAUCCGAUCUGAGUCAAAAAUCACAAGAGCGGUUAAAGAAUUUAAGUGAAUUCCAAAUAAAAAUUAUCUUACAUGCGUUCAAAUUUCCUUCAGCGAAAAAAGUCGUGUAUUCAACAUGUUCAAUUCAUUCUCAAGAAAAUGAACAAGUUAUUAAAGGAGUAUUACAACAAAAUAAUAAUUUCAUAUUAGCAAAUAGAAAUGAUGUUAUACCAACUUGGGAUAGACGUGGUAUUUCAAGUGAAUUCGUUGAUGAUGAAGAAUCUGCAGAUAAACUUAUUCGUACAUUACCGGAAGAUUUUACGAAUGGAUUUUUUGUAGCAUGUUUUAUUCGUAAAUCAAGUUAUAUGGAGAGUGCAGCAAGUACCAUUAGUACUUCUAAUCUAGAUACUAAUGUUAAUAAUAGUAAAAAGCGAAAACGAAAACGAAAACGUAAAAGUGCUAAAAAGAUUAAAGAUGAUGAAAGUGAUGAUUUAACCCUUACAAACAUAUAAUAAUAUUAUUACUAAAACUUAUAAACCUUUAACAAAAUCGCAUUUAUUUAAUAGUAUAUCAUUUUAAUAACUUAAUAUCACGAUAUUCAAGAGCAAAUAUUGCGACAGUUGUGACAAUUGUGACGAUGAUUUAAAGACAAGAUGGGCAAAAGUAAAUUCAAGACUUCAAGUAAGCUUUUAUUAUAAGGGGAUGGCUUAUUUGAAAUACUCCAGGAUUUAUCUGGAUGUAAAUAUUUACUCAUUUUGUGAUUGACCUUUGUAGGUAUCAUUUUUGAUUAAUUUAAAUUUUUAACUGAAAAAAUAACGAUAAAAUGAACGAUAGAUAAUAUGUGCAUAAUCAUGAGCGUGCACUAUAAAUGAAAAAUAAUUAGAUGGUUUAAAUAUGAAUAUAAUAAAUUAAGAUAAACUAAAAAUAAAAUCAAUUUAUUUUA